UGUGUGUGUGUGUGUGUAAGAGAGAGCCAGUACAUCAAAACAAACAGCUCAGGACAUAAACUCUGCCAUCAGUCUUGGGAUUCCAAGGCUGGCAAAUGUGUCCUCAUAUGGCACACUCUCUGUGUUAAAAGACUGCUGUGUUCUUCCACAAAAACAACUGAAGAUCCCUGGACAUAACUCAAAGAUAACAGUGUAUGGAGAAAAAAAAUAAGUUGAAGUAUCUCAUUGAUAAAAGAGCCUUCAUGAAAAACACUGAGAUUAUGGUUCUCACAAGCAAUAUGCAGUAGGUGUGUGUUUAGAGCCUCAGUCUGAAAGCUUCUCAUUGACUCCUUGAAACACCCUUAUCGUUCUGACUAAAUACCAAAUAUCUGCCUUCUCCAACUCUUGACGCUUGUCCUCUCAAAACAUUUGUCUUGUCCAAGUGGAGGAUGUUAAAAGUAUCAGCUUUGGUACAGAGGCCUCUUAUGUUGGUUUUCACUUUUCACUGGGAAGAUGAGAGGUUUGACCUUUGAUGGCUCCUUCUGAGGAUUCUUACCAAUUUCCUUUCUUCUUAGCAAGAGUUCAAGUUUGAUGACUGGAACCUGGACAUUAUUAGAUGUUCCAACAGGACAACGAUGAUGAUCAUUGAUUUUAUGUGAAGCAAUUCACAUAAAAACAAACAUGUGUUCAUAAUCUUUUCUUCUUUUUUUUAAAAUCCCUACAGUUUUUCUGCCUUGUUUGAAAAUUAGACCAUCAUGUCAUUAUUAAAAGCACAAAUUCCAAUGACGUUCCUGCCCAGGAACUUUGUAUCAAAGCUUCUGAUCUACAUAGAAUCUUGAAAACCAAAAAUGGCAUACCCUACAUCACCUUUGCACAAUUAUGUUUUUUUUUAUUAAAUUACAUCUUUUCCUCUAUAUAUUUACUUUGUAACACAUAAAUCAAAGCUCCUUCACAUAUGGAUGAACAGUGGCUUGAACAUUUAUACUGCAAAUUAUUAGCGUGGCUGAAGUGACUAGGUGUUGGCACAGAUUGCCUACACCGAUAGAUUAGUUCAGUCAUUUAUCAUUCACUAUAAUUUAAUCUUGAGGAAGCAGCUGUUGUUAGGCCACAAGCACAAUCAUCUCUCACAAUUGGUUAUCUUUUUUUUCCCCUUUCCUCCCUUUUGUGCUUUGUUCCUUCCACUUCUUGUCAAAGGGCAUUCCUGUGUGCUAGCAUGUAAUGAACCUAAGAAAGUGAAGGUAAAAAAAUUAAUAAAUAAAAAGGCUGGACACAUCUGCAAGGUCAGCUCCAUAUGUAAAAGACAUCAGAAGAGCCAACACAACAACUGGCAAAGUGCCUCGUCCGUUUGGUGUUUUCUGUACUGAACAGAUUCAGCUCAGUUAGCUGUCAGCCGUCAUGCUUUUAUUUAGUUUUCUCUCUGUGCACAUGACACAGAAACAAACAUAUGCAUGUUUGACACUGUAUGCAUUGUCAAACAUGCAUACAGUGCAUGUUGAUGCCUCUAAAUCAGCCAGUGGUAUUAUUGGAAGAGAAUCAUUUGUGAUUUGUGGGUGUUCUGUUCUUUAGCAGGAAUGAAAAAGUCUGUGCCAUUUCCUGAAAUUUGCCUGCGUCAUGCAGAUAGUAAAGCUGAUAUCUUUUAACACGACCGAACAGACUGCAUAUGACCUCAUGUGUCCACAAAAAAUAAAGACUGUUAAACAAUGAGGGGUUCCUUUGGGUUGUUUUUUUUCUUUCUUUUUCUUAACACAGCUGGUGGAUGAAAAACAAAUUGCUAAAUAGAGAAUCAAACAGCAAGCCACUGUCCCUAACAGUAAUGUUUAUACAAAACCUCCCAAAAAAUUCACAAUAAAUAUUAUCUGAAUUAAAUAAAGCAAAUUAAAACCUGGCAAACUAAAUGUGCAAAUAAAAAUCAAACUACAUUGAUUAGUCAAACAGUCUGAAUUCAUUUCAGCUCAAUUUACUUACUUAUAAAGCACCAAUUCACAAUAAAUGCUGUCUCAAGGCACUUUAAAAAAUAUAUUAAAUUCAAUCAUGCAUAUAUUAUAAUAAAUCCUAUUAUUAUAGAGCAACAGAACCUCAGUUAAUUAAAGUAGUUUUAUUCAAAGGAGUUUUUCAAAAGUUUCUGUCUUAGAAAGCCCAACAGACUGUGUCAAGACAUUGACUUGUAGCAUUCAAUCAUCUUGGAUAAGCUCAUUGUGACAGCAGAAAAUUAUUUGGGUUUUAUUAAUGACUUAACAGUAAUCACUCAUGCCAAGCAUGCAUGUAACAACAGCAGAGAGGAAAAACUUCCCUUUAGCAGGAAGAAACCGCCAGGAGAACCUUGCUCAACACGAAUGGGUUGAGGUCAUCUGCCAAGACUGACUGGGGUUUUGAGAAGACAGAGGAGAAAAAAAGAAAACAAAAAAAUAACAGAUUAAAUGAUUUAGGAUUAUUACUUAAAUUCAUGAAAGGGAAAUGGAAGAAGAGUGAUAUGCCAGACCAGGUGUAGCUCCUGUACAGAGAAAAAUAAGUGAGAGAAAACAAAGUUCACAGCUGUUAUAAUGGCAAGUAGUGCAAACUGGAGAAUGAUGCAAGAAGGAAAUGAGAAAAAAGUUAUCAGUAGCCUAAGCCUUUAGCACAAUAACUAGAGAGUUUUCUAAAUAAACAAAUCUUUUAAUUUUACCAACAUUUUGCUUCUGAGUGUAAGGGAUGUUUAUGUUUUGGAGUGGCCCAGCCACUUGUUGAUUAUAUCUAUAGGAACCAGGGUCAUUUCUUGAACUUCUUGGUUCAAUUUUAAACUCUUAAAUCUUAAUCAGCCAGAAGUAUCAACAAUUUUGAGCUAACCUGCAGUGAAGUGGAUCAGUUUACAUCCAUACCACUUAUCCUAUGCUGUAAGCAGAGUAAGAAGUUAAAAUAAGGUUAAAGUUACAGUUUUUUGUAUUGUCUGUAAAACAUAACAAUGUCAUUUCAUUUUUAUAGAUCGCAUUUAAGGCCACAAAGUGAUAUACAACAAGACACACGACACCUUGCAAAUACUUGUAUAUGCAGUUUUGUUGCUUUUGAAUUUAAGAAGUAACCUAAGGUGACGGAAAUUGAGAACAGACUUUUUUUUUUCUUUUUUUUUUUUACUUCAAGAAUAAAUGGGCUCUGAUAUAUUUAUAAGCAGCCUAAUUGAAACGGUCCUGUCUGUGAGGAAUGACCUUGUUUAAAAUGAGAGUGUAAGCUCGUGUGUGUGCGCGCGUGUGUGUGAGCACAAUGUGGGGAUGGGGGCAGAGGGAGGCUGUGGCACGCCCAAGCUAAAGUACUGAAUGACGUCCGUCUGUUGUGUCUCCUGUAUCGGUGCGUCCUGCUAUUGGCGGACUAUUGGAAAAAUAAAGCAAUCAGCGGCGCGCCGUAGGCGGGUGGAUCGCCUGUUGAUAAAUCCAGAUCUCUCUCCCGUGGGCGGGAACGGCAACAGUAGAAGAGCGAAAGUGAGGCGCAUGAGGAGCGAGAGAGAGAAAGAGACGUGGAAGAACCGAGGCUGUGGCGGCGGCUGUGGUUGACCGGGGUCCGCGGAGGGGGCGAGGCGUCCGCCCCUGCACGCGACUUCAGCCGCGCAUGGACGACCACCUCAGUCUCCUGCAAUCACCCCCGCCGAGCGCAACCAAAACCAGAGGCGACAACCUGGUGAACCACGGCUACACCGAGACAGAGGCCGACGUGAUGACGGUCGUGGCGUGUGACAACAUGCUGGAGGAGUCGGCGGCUUUGCCGGGCCACCACUCUCUGGACCGAUACGAGCCGGACCACGAGUGCUGCGAGCGGGUGGUCAUCAACAUCUCAGGGUUGCGCUUCGAGACGCAGCUGAAGACGCUGUCACAGUUCCCAGAGACGCUGCUGGGGGAUCCCAAGAAGAGAAUGAGAUACUUCGACCCCCUCAGGAACGAAUACUUUUUUGAUCGGAACCGACCCAGCUUCGAUGCCAUCCUUUAUUACUACCAAUCAGGCGGGCGCAUCAGGAGACCUGUUAACGUGCCCAUUGACAUUUUUUCUGAGGAGAUCCGCUUCUACGAGCUGGGCGAGGAGGCUAUGGAGAAGUUCAGAGAGGACGAGGGCUUUAUUAAGGAGGAGGAGCGGCCGCUGCCUGAUAAUGAGUUUCAAAGGCAGGUGUGGCUGCUUUUUGAGUAUCCAGAGAGCUCGGGUCCCGCCCGGGGAAUCGCGAUAGUGUCUGUCUUGGUCAUUCUCAUCUCCAUUGUCAUCUUCUGCUUAGAGACGCUUCCGGAGUUCAGGGACGAGAACAGGGACCCGAUCACCAUUGCGCCUCUGAUAAAUGGCACGCUGCCCUAUUUCAUUAGCCCCUUCUCAGACCCCUUCUUCGUGGUGGAGACGCUAUGCAUCAUCUGGUUUUCAUUCGAGCUGCUGGUGCGCUUCUUUGCGUGCCCGAGUAAAGCCACGUUCUCCAAAAACAUUAUGAACAUCAUUGACAUCGUUGCCAUCAUUCCCUACUUCAUCACCCUGGGCACGGAGCUGGCAGAGAGGCAGGGGAACGGACAGCAGGCCAUGUCCCUGGCCAUCCUGCGCGUAAUCAGGCUCGUUCGGGUGUUUCGCAUCUUUAAACUUUCGCGGCACUCUAAGGGCCUCCAGAUUUUAGGGCAGACUCUGAAGGCCAGCAUGCGCGAACUGGGGCUGCUCAUCUUCUUCUUGUUUAUCGGGGUCAUCCUCUUCUCCAGCGCUGUCUACUUCGCUGAGGCAGACGAUCCGGAAUCGGGGUUCAACAGCAUCCCGGACGCGUUCUGGUGGGCGGUGGUCACCAUGACCACCGUGGGUUACGGGGACAUGCACCCCGUCACGAUCGGGGGCAAGAUCGUGGGGUCCCUGUGCGCGAUCGCGGGUGUGUUGACUAUAGCGUUGCCCGUGCCCGUCAUCGUGUCCAACUUUAACUACUUCUACCACAGAGAGACUGACGGCGAGGAGCAGGCGCAGUAUCUGCACGUGGGGAGCUGUCAACCCCUGGCGGACACGGAGGAGCUGAGGAAGACUCGGUCUUCCUCCUCACUCAGUAAAAGCGAGUACAUGGUGAUAGAGGAGCACGGGAUCAACAGUGCGUUCAAGCAGCAGCCAAACUUCCCGACCACCACGACCACCGCUCAGAACAACUCUCAGAACUGUGUCAACAUAAACAAAAAGAUCUUCACCGACGUGUAGCCAGCUUUACAGUAAAUGACCCCUGGGCACCCCUGGGCACGGCACAGGAUGACGUGAUGAGUCAAAACAUAUAUGCAGCAGCGUUUGGAAGCAACGGCAGACAAAGUGAGCGCAAAGGGGGGCGGGGAGGGGGUGCGGGGUAUAAAAAUGGGCACAAACCAUCUGUUUUAAAGAGAUGCUUUGUGCGCCAUUCAAACAAUUUGGAUUUUUUUUAAAAUCUAUAUAUAUAUAUUUAAGCAAUUCUUGCUUUCAAAAAGAGAAUGAGCUCCACCUUGAAAUGAAUGAGCGGUAACAAACCUGCUGUGCGCCGUGCAGUGGCCAGUAUGUUAAGCACAUUACAACAGGUAGAGAUAGAAGCUUUAUAACUGUGAAAGACGAGUACAAGUAGAUGCUUCUGACAAAGGACGCUCACACGGUGUUAUCGUGCGUCUAGAGUCGUGAUUCGACAGUAAUAGCCUAUAUGUUCAAUAUUCGGAGUCAUUUAAAUAUGUGUAGCCUCUGUGUGUGGUCAAGCAUAAAUUAUGUCAGAAUGACGUAAUCCAGCAUAAUAUAUAUCUAUGUCAUAUAAACCGUUUUGUGGUAUACCUUUAUUGUGCGUCAAAGUCUAGUCUAAAUACUACUGUCUUAAAAAAGAAAAAAAAAUCCAUAGAUAUAAAUUGUCUUGAUAGGCUAUUUAAUGCGUAAGCAGCUCCACGUAAACCACCAGAGUCAAGACGGUCGUCAGGGUCUCAUUAUAAAUACUAGACACACGUGAGGAGGGAGACAAAAUAGGGCGCGUUCUCCGAUCAAAGAUGGGGCGCGUUUCUCUUGUGGUAGCCUCAAAUAGAGCCCGCUGUGAUGCAGUCUCCAUGGUGACGCGUGUUUCCUCGGUAACCCUUCCCCCCCAACCCCCACCCCAAGUCACCGUUGCCAUAGCAUCACUGUUUCCACAGUAACCUCCCAGAUGGUUUCAAAACUAUAUUGGAGAUUCUAGUGUGAGUGGCUUGUCUUUUCGGUGUCUUAAUCAAUCAGACCAAAAGAUUCAACGACUGUUAAAGACUGCCGGUACAAAAAUAAAUAAAAAAUGUAAAAAAAAAAAAAAAUCAGUGAAGACCUCAGCCACUCUGAACUGGUCAACAAUCACGAGCCACAACUCAAGACGGUGUUGUGGUGGGAGACUGAAAGGAAGAGGCAGCGUGUGAAGAAUUAUGAAUGGACUGGGAAUACGUUGCACGUCUGUCCCGGGUGCACUACUGCGGGUGGCCAUCGGAGGAUGCUGUUCCUCCACUGACAAAAAUGGUGAAAUAAUUUGUUUCUGCUCAGACGUCCUGGAUCCCCUGAUGAUCUCAUUUCAGUUGCCUCCCUAGAAGGAUGCAAAGACUUCGUUCUGGUUCUGUUGGACUGGAUAGGCCCGGUGGAUCUGAUCUACUUCCCCUGCCUUCAUAAUUUCAACGGGUGCCCUCCAAUUGGUGACUAGUAAUUCUCCCACUUUUCAAUCCAAAAUGCAUAAUCAACAGGCACAUAAGGCUGUUCUCAGAACAUUUUGUAGCACACAUUUUGGACUUGAUACUCCAUGAAUGGAACCUUUGCAGGGUCAAAGGUCAUUUAGAUGUAAAAAAAAAAAAAAAAUCAUCUGGACAUUUUCUAAAUGG